AUGAAAGAGGUUGUUGUUGACGUUGCACCAAAAUGCAUUAAAGGUUUGGAAUUUAGUGCAUUGUCUGCAAAGGAAAUCGUUGCACAAUCGGAGGUUGAAGUUAUUAGCAGAGAUUUUUAUGAGCGAGAAAAGACCCCCAGACUGGCCAAAAGUGGCGGUGUACUUGACCCUAAGAUGGGGAUAUCAUCUAAUUCAAACGAAUGUUCAACUUGUCAGGGAAACUUGGCGUCUUGUCACGGACAUUUUGGUCACGUUAGGCUAGCCUUACCUGUUUUCCAUGUUGGAUACUUCAAGUCGAUUAUACAGGUGUUACAAAGUAUUUGUAAGAACUGUUCCAGUGUGCUAUUGGACGAGGAGACGAAGUACAAGUUCUUAGUGGAUUUGAGAAGACCAAACAACGAUAACUUGAAGAGAAUGAAGAUCUUGAAGAAGAUCACUGACCAAUGUAAAAAACAAAGACGUUGUUUAAAGUGUAACCACAUCAACGGUGUUGUUAAGAAGGCCGCUAGUGGUGCUGGGCCAGCAGCUUUGAAAAUCGUUCACGACACAUUCCGUUGGAUUGGUAAAAAGUCAUGCCCCGAGAAGGAACUAUGGGAUAACGAGUUCGACGGAGUGUUCACCAGAAACCCCGAUUUGGAGAAGUUUGUUAAAAGAAUUCACGACGAUUUAAACCCCUUGAAGACUUUGAACUUGUUCAAGCAAAUCACCGCCCUGGACUGCGAACUCUUUGGUUUAGAUCCUUCCAGAGGUGGAAGACCAGAGACUUACAUUUGGAGAUACUUACCUGCUCCUCCUGUAUGUAUCAGGCCUUCCGUUAUGAUGGAAGCUCAAUCUAAUGAAGAUGACUUAACUGCUAAACUUGCUGAAAUCGUUUGGUUUUCCUCACUUAUCAAAGACGGUAUUGAAAAGGGGAUUUCCAUUAACAAUUUUAUGGAUCACUGGGAUUUCUUGCAAUUAUCUGUGGCCAUGUACAUUAAUUCAGAUCUGGCUAACCCAUCUUUAAUUCCAUCACCUGGUGGAGGUCAAUCUUCCAAAGCUUCAAAGCCUAUCAGAGGGUUCUGUCAAAGAUUGAAGGGUAAGCAAGGUAGAUUUAGAGGUAAUUUAUCUGGUAAGAGAGUUGACUUUUCUGGUAGAACGGUUAUUUCUCCAGAUCCGAAUUUAAGGAUUGACGAGGUUGCUGUACCUGACAGAGUUGCAAAGAUUUUGACUUACCCAGAGAAAUGUACUAGAUAUAACCGUAAGAAAUUACAAAAAUUGAUUCUCACUGGUCCUUUAAAUCAUCCAGGUGCAAACUAUGUCUUGAAGCAGGACGAAUUGGCCAAAAUGAAUUUGAGAUUCGGUGAUAGAGUGAAAGUAGCAAAAAAUUUGAAAGUUGGAGAUGUUGUAGAAAGACAUAUUGAAGAUGGGGAUGUUGUUUUAUUUAAUAGGCAACCGUCAUUGCAUAGAUUGUCAAUUUUAUCACAUUACGCGAAAAUUAGGCCCUGGAGAACCUUUAGGUUGAAUGAAUGUGUUUGUACUCCCUACAAUGCCGAUUUUGAUGGUGAUGAAAUGAACUUACACGUUCCACAGACCGAAGAAGCCAGAGCUGAAGCAAUCAAUUUGAUGGGAGUCAAGAACAAUUUGUUAACCCCUAAGUCAGGUGAACCCAUCAUUGCUGCUACCCAAGAUUUUAUUACGGGUUCAUACUUGAUUUCCCAUAAAGAUUCAUUUUACGAUAGAGCUACUUUAGUUCAAUUACUUUGCAUGAUGUCAGAUGCUGAUACACAGUUUGAUAUUCCACCACCCUCCAUCUUCAAGCCAGUAAUGCUUUGGACGGGUAAACAAGUGUUCUCAUUAUUAAUAAAGCCAAAUAAGAAAAGUAAAGUAAUUAUAAAUGUUGAUGCAAAAAAUAAGACUUAUAUUCCGCCUGCCAAGGGAUUACCAAUGGAAAUGUCACCAAACGAUGGUUACGUUGUCAUUAGAGGUUCACAAAUUUUGAGUGGUGUCAUGGACAAAUCCACAUUAGGUGACGGUAAGAAGCAUAGUGUAUUCUACACAAUAUUAAGAGAUUAUGGUCCUGAAGAAGCGGCUAACGCCAUGAAUAGAAUGGCCAAAUUGUGUGCUAGAUAUUUGGGAAAUAGAGGAUUCUCUAUUGGUAUCAAUGAUGUUACACCAGGGACUGACUUAAAGAACAAAAAGGAAUUAAUGGUUGAACAAGCAUAUGUCAAGUGUGACGAAUUAAUUGAUUUGUAUAAUAGAGGUAAGUUAGAAACCCAACCAGGUUGUAAUGAAGAACAAACAUUGGAAGCCAAAAUCGGUGGGUUACUAUCAAAGGUCAGAGAAGAAGUAGGUGAUGUCUGCAUCAGUGAAUUAGAUGCGGCAAAUGCUCCAUUGAUUAUGGCUACAUGUGGUUCCAAAGGUUCUACGUUAAAUGUUUCUCAAAUGGUGGCUGUUGUCGGUCAACAAAUUAUUGGAGGAAAUCGUGUUCCUGAUGGAUUUCAAGAUAGAUCUUUGCCACAUUUUACGAAGAACUCCAAGACCCCACAAUCUAAGGGUUUCGUGAGAAAUUCUUUCUACUCCGGAUUAUCCCCUCCUGAAUUCCUUUUCCAUGCUAUUUCUGGUAGAGAAGGUUUAGUCGAUACGGCUGUUAAGACUGCAGAAACAGGUUAUAUGUCAAGAAGAUUGAUGAAAUCUUUGGAAGAUCUUCUGGCUCAAUAUGAUAAUACAGUUCGUAAUUCCUCGAAUGGUAUCGUUCAAUUCACAUACGGUGGUGAUGGAUUAGAUCCAUUUGAUAUGGAAGGUGACGCAAAACCAGUGAAUUUUGUUAGGCAAUGGGAUCAUUCAUACAAUAUCACUUUUGAUGUAAGUGAUGUUGGGUUACUACCAUAUGAAAUUAUUGACUUGGUAGAUUCUGUCUUGCACCCCUUAGAAGAUAGAUUGAUAAGAUAUGAUAAUCUUGGCCGUGAGUUGACAAAAGAAAGUGAUAAGGAGUUGGUUCAAUAUAUUGAUCAAAAGGAUGCCGAAAGAGCAUUUUACCAAUCUAUUAGAGACUUUACCACGGGAAAGGCAGCUAGGUUAGCAAGAAUAAGAGAAGCUAAGGGAUUAAAGGCUUAUUUCACUAAUCCAUCGGAUGGCUCUAACGCCAAAGUUGAUACUGAUGAUGAAUUAAUCGCUGUAAACCAACUUUUGAAGAUUUCAUCAUCAUCAAUCGAAAAAUUCUUGGAACAAUGUAUAUACAAAUAUAGAAGGGCUAAAGUUGAACCUGGUACAGCAGUUGGUGCUAUUGGAGCCCAAUCUAUUGGUGAGCCAGGUACUCAAAUGACGUUGAAGACUUUCCAUUUCGCUGGUGUUGCCUCUAUGAAUGUUACUUUGGGUGUGCCUCGUAUCAAGGAGAUUAUUAACGCUUCAAAAGUUAUUUCAACCCCAAUCAUUAACUCGGUAUUAGUUAACGAUGAAGAUGAAAUUGCUGCUCGUGUUGUUAAGGGUAGAAUAGAAAAGACCUUAUUAGAAGAUGUUGCCUUUUAUGUUGAAGAUGUCUAUAAGAACAACAUGGCAUACUUGACUAUUAAGAUCGAUUUGAAAACAAUUGAGAAACUUCAAUUAGAAUUGACAAUCGAAGGAAUAGCAUAUGCCUUAGUGAACGCUCCAAAGUUAAAAAUUUUAGCUGGAGAUGUUUCCAUCAGUGGUAAGGACAAGAUUAAUGUUUUAGUAACUCUUCGUGAAUCUAAAUCAGAAAAUUUAAUGAAAUCAAUAACCUCAGAUUAUAAAAUUGGAGGUUCAACAUCAGGAGAGACUGCAAAUCUGUUGUUCUUCCGUAUGCAACAAUUGAAGCGUGCUUUACCAAGAGUUUGUAUUAAAGGUCUACCAAACAUUUCCCGUGCUGUCAUUAAUAUCAAGGAUGAUAAUAAGAAGGAAUUACUUGUUGAAGGUUACGGAUUGAAGGAAGUUAUGUGCACCGACGGGGUCAUAGGCUCAAAAACAAAAACAAAUCAUGUGUUGGAGAUUUACGAAGUAUUGGGAAUUGAAGCAGCUAGAAAGUCAAUUGUAGAUGAAAUUGAUUAUACCAUGAGUAAGCAUGGUAUGAGUGUGGAUCCUCGUCAUAUUCAGCUUUUAGGUGAUGUAAUGACAUACAAGGGAGAGGUUUUAGGUAUUACUAGAUUUGGUCUUAGUAAGCUGAGAGAUUCGGUGUUACAAUUAGCUUCGUUUGAAAAGACUACUGAUCACUUGUUUGAUGCGGCUUUCUAUAUGAAGAAUGACAAAGUCGAAGGUGUUUCUGAAUGUAUCAUCUUAGGUCAAACCAUGAGUAUUGGUACUGGUGCAUUUAAACUUGUGAAGACUUCUAAUUUCGAAGAGAAGGAUUUGUUCAAGAAGCCAACUUUGUUCGAAGAGAUUUGUGUUUGA